GUUUAGCCGGAGCCUGGUAACCGGGUGGCGGCUGCAGCAACAGUCACCGGCUCCUCCGCGCGGCCGGGCGGGGCGAAGCGGCAGCUCUGCUUGGGCUGGGCGAGCCGCGGCGGCGGCCGGAGCCCCCCGCUCCCGAGGGUAGCGUUGUCAGGGGGCCUUGCUGCCAGCCCGGCACGGGGCGAGGGAAGCGGCGGCGUGCCCCUCUUGCUGCCCCGGUGCGCAGAUUCUCCCCCGCCCGGGGGGGCGCGUCCCUGCCUUCACCCGCACCUAGCGGAGGGGGCGGAUGGUGUGAGGGAGGCGGGACCGGGGUCACCGCCGCGGGGGGCUGGAGGAGGACGCUCCGCCCGUGACCCAGGCAGCGGGUGCGGGCAGGGCGCCGCGGCAUCGCCCCGCCACCCCCCGGUCGCUUUCCUGGAAAGCGGAGCGGGAGGGGUAGCGGGGUCUCGCUGUGAAGAUGGCGACCCCCGGGAUGAACUGGCAGCAGCAUUACUACGGCGGCGGCGGCUCCUCAGCCAGCGCUGGGAAAUUCGCCGCGUCCAGUUCCCAGCCGGGGCUCAGCGUGGAAUACAGCCAGGAUCUGCACCUCAAAAUGAGCAAGAAAAUAGCCCAGCUCACCAAGGUAAUAUAUGCUUUAAACACUAAGAAUGAUGAACAUGAAGCUGCUAUUCAAGCCCUCAAGGAUGCUCAUGAAGAAGAAAUCCAACAAAUUCUUGCAGAAACAAGAGAGAAGCUCUUACAGUAUAAGAGUAAAGUUGCUGAAGAAAUGGAUCUUAAGAGAAAGAUCCAGGUUUUGGAAGAGUCAUUGGAAGAUCAUAAAAAGAUGAAACAUCAAGCCUUGACAGAAUUUGAAGCUUACAAGGACAGAGUUGAAGAUAUGCAGCUUUGUGCAGAAGCCCAGCAUGUCCAGCGUGUAGUAACUAUGUCAAGAGAAGUAGAAGAGAUUAGAAAGAAGUUUGAGGAGAGGCUACGAAGCUUUGUACAAUUGCAAGUACAGUUUGAGAAAGACAAACGCUUAGCUCUGGAAGACUUGAGAGCAGCACACAGAUUGGAGAUUCAAGAACUUAUGAAAACUCAGCAGAAUCAGAAUGCUACUUUAAGUAAGGGUCAAGAGAAGCUAGAGGAGUUGCACAGGUUGGAACUGGAAGAUUUAAACAGCAAAGUUGAAGAGCUAAGACUGGAGAGGAAAAAACUCAUUGAGGAGUAUGAAGGCAAACUCAGCAAAGCUCAAUCCUUUUAUGAACAUGAACUUGAUGCUUUGAAAAGAUCUCAGCUCUUUACAGCUGAAAGCCUGCAUGCUUGCAAAGAGAAAGAAGUGGAGCUAAGAAGAGAGUUUCAAAGCCAAGAAGCUGUUUUACGGAAGAACCUUGGGAAACUGAAGACUGAAUUGCAGAUGGUACAGGAUGAAGCGGGUAGUCUGCGAGAAAAAUGCCAAAAGCUUCAGGUAGCUCUCAGUACAGCAGAAAACACUGUUCAGGUGCUUCAAAAACAGCUAGAUGACGUCAAGGAGGAGGAGAUAUCAUUGUUAAGCAAACACAAGGAGGUGGAAAGUGAGCUAGCAGCUGCUAGGGAACGCUUACAGCAGCAGGCCACAGAUCUUGUACUUAAAGCCAGUCACAUUGGAAUUCUUCAAGCUACACAGAUGACACAGGAAGUUACAAUAAGAGAUUUAGAAUCAGAAAAAUCUAGAUUAAAAGAGAAACUAUCUCAGCUGGAAGAGGAAAGAAAUCUAUUGCAGAGCAAAACACAAAGUCUGGAUGAAAGACAAAGGCAGCAGAUUCUGGCACUGGAAAAGAAGGUAAAUGAAGCAAGGGAAACACAACGAGAGUAUUAUGAGAAAGAGCUGAUAAAGCUGCAAACCAGAUUGGAAGGGGAGGCUGCACUGUUAAAUGAGGCUCAUUCUAAGACCUUGGAAGAAUUGGCAUGGAAACAUCACACUGCGAUUGAGGCUGCACACAGCAAUGCUACCAAGGAAAAGAAAAAGCUGCAACUGGAGUUGGAGCAGCAAUUUGAAAAGGAGAAACUACAUCUGGAAGGGGAUAAGAAUCAGCUUAGACAGCAGUUGGAAAAUAUGAGGGAAGAACUGACAACAAAGCUGACUUCGGCCAAUCAGGAGGUGUGUCGUUUACAAGACCUAGUAAGAAAAAGUGAACAGGGCCUUGGUACUGCAGAAGGACACAUCUCCAAUCUUCAGGAAACCCAGGAAAUACUCCAAAAAGAACUAGAGUUAACCAGAGCAAGGCUGAGAGAGACCACGGAUUCAUUGUAUAAUGUUGAGGGGGAACUAGAACAGGAGAGACAGCAGCAUGAAGCAAAGAUUUCUGCCAUGAGGGAAGAGGAGAAGAUGAAAGUUGACAGAAUGGCUCGUGAUCUAGAAAUAAAAUGGACAGAAAAUCUUCGACAGGAAUGUAGUAAACUUCGUGAAGAGUUGAGGCUUCAGCAUGAAGAGGAUAAAAAGGCAGCCAUGACUCAGCUCUUGCAACUGAAAGAACACGAAAAAAAUGCUGCCAGGGAUGGAUGGCAAAAGAAGGUGGAAGAUCUUUUAGACCAGCUUCUUUGCGCUCAGAGUUAAAUCAUCAACAUGCAGCAGCAAUUGACCAACUAAGGCACAACCAUCAACAAGAAUUGGUAGCUGCUAAAAUGGAACUUGAAAGAAGUAUAGAACUCAGCAGACGACAGGAGAAGGAAUUUUUGUGCCGAGUAUCAGAUCUACAGGAUGAACUCAAACAUCGCGACCAUCAUAUAUCUGAAUUGGACAAGGAGAUUCUGACUCUGCAUGAGAAUAUAAGUGCCCUAACCAAGGAACUGGAGUUUAAGGGGAAAGAGGUUCUCAGAAUACGCAGUGAAUCCAACCAACAGAUUAGGAUACAUGAGCAAGAUUUAAGCAAGAAACAUGAGAAAGAGCUGGAUGUCAUGACAGCAGACCACAUCAGAGAGAAACAAAGCAUACUCGCAGAUUUUAAUAAGACCCAAGAGCUACUCAAGGAAAUUAAUUCAGCUUUACAAGUUUCUUUAGAAGAAAUGGAAGAGAAAUACCAAAACAGGGAAUCAAGACCAGAAGAUUUACAGCUUAUCGCAGAGUUGAAAGACCUGAUUGCAGAGAGGGACCAACUCAUAAAGAAACUGAUUGAUGACAAAAAAUUCUAUCAACUAGAACUAGUCAACAGAGAGACAAACUUCAACAAAGUGUUUAAUGCGAGCCCUAAUGUCGGAGUUAUUAAUCCACUGGUGAAGCAAAAGAAGAAGAAUGAUAAAUCAACAAACAGGUUUGUGAGUGUUCCCAAUCUAAGUGCUCUGGAAUCUAGCGGAGUGGGCAAUGGACAUCCUAACCGCCUGGAUCCCAUUCCUAAUUCACCCAUCCACGAUAUUGAGUUCAACAGCAGCAAACCACUUCCACAGCCAAUACCACCCAAAGAGCCCAAGACGUUUUUGAGCCCUCCUCAGACUGAAGCUUCACCAGAUCCACAACGCCAGGAAUGGUUUGCCCGAUACUUCACAUUCUGAGAGAGAAUUUUUUUUGUGGCAUAGCGUGGUGUGGAUUGUUUAUAAGAGCAUGUCUUUAAGUAAACCCUAUGUGAACAAGCUUUCCUGUACUAUGUCAAACACUGUGAAUGAGAAAGUAUUUGUCUCUCUGAUUUGAAAAUGCACUGUAUUUCAUGUGGUAUUUGUUGGAAUCACUUGACAUGAUACUAUAUAAUGUGCGUAAUUAUAUCAAUUAUUUUUAUUUAAAAUGGAAGAGUCUUUAAACUUUGUAAUUAUUACAUAAUAAAUUUUGGUAGAACAAACAUAAGGCUUUCCCCAUUUUUCCUAUAAAUACAUUUUCUUUGGUUGCAGGAAGGCUCCCCCUCCUCCCAAAGCAAUGUACUGCAUGGUUAUAAUAAAUCAAAAUAAUCUUUCAAUGAUAAAUAAAAUAAAAUAAAAAAUAUCAGACUAGGGCAAGGUAUGUUUAAUCCAUCCCAAAUUUAUUUUGUAGCACUUUAAAAAUUGUCCUCUUACUAACAUUUAAAGUGGUGAAUAUGAAAUAAAUCAGACAUAGUUUAGCUUCUGGCCUUCAGAACUGAGUGACUUUGACAAGACCAUAAAAAAACUUAGCGUUUUCUUUUUUGCUAACUUCUUACCUACUGCUAAUUAGACUCUGUACUCUAGAAAUAACUACUACAUUUGAUGUUGAGUUUCACCAGAACCUGCCUUCAUGAAUUACCUGUUUAUUUUAUGAAUAUCUACAAAGGCAAAUGAUCUUUGGAACAUUUGGGAUACUAAACUAAGAAUCAUUAAAGGAAAUCUGCAUUUUGAGGACAUCCUCCUUCAGGCAGAAUAUAGGCUUUAAAAGUAACCCUAUACACACAAUUGUAUGCAAAUAUUUUAUUAAAGCUCAACCGUAUUCAAUUGUCUACAUGAAGGAAAUUUCUUUUUUACCUUUUGACAUGAAUCCAUGGACUACUUGGCUUUUUCAGGUAGUAAGCCUGAUUCUCUAGUCCGUUACACUGGUGUGACACCAGUGUUACUUCAUUGCCAGACAACUCCUAUAACAGAUUGGAGAAUCCAGCCUACUGUCUUUGAAUUAUCAAAAAAUAUAAAUAAUAAAGAUUAUCACAAAAUAGUUAACACUGGUAGUCUCAGGGAGAAAAAUACCUUUGUUUUAUGAAUGUAUUUUAAAUCUGAAACUCUCUUUAAAAACAGCAAGGGACUAUUUUGAUUUAUUAUUUAAAUAAGGUUUUAAUCAGCACAUACAAAAGCACAUAGAUCUUCAUUAUUUCUUCUGAAGCCCUGACUAUAUCCUAUUUCCCUUUAUAUACAAACAAAUAUCUAGUAAAAGAUGCUCUUGCUAAUUAUAAUGAGUUUUAUAUGUAGUAUAUAUAUAAAUGAACAAUUUGUAUGUUUUCAUAUAAAAUAUUCUAAAUGAAAUUUUUGAAAACAUCUCUUCUAUAACUCACCUUGAAAAUUUCAUGCUGCCAUAGUGUAAAGUAAACAGCAGAUUCUGUGUAGUUGGUGGACUCAACUGUAAGUAUAUGCAACUUUUUAAUUUUAAAAGAAAGCCAUAUUGGGCCAAAAUGUUAGAUUUCUUGGCUGUUACCUGAAAUAAAACACACUAGAUCAUUUUGCUAUAACAUUCUGAAGUGAGUGUUGUAUUUUUUCUUCUCUGCCUUGCCAGUGUUGUUAAAAGGACACUGCUUCUUUGCCAACCCAGUACCUCAUUGAUUAGAGCGUUAAGUUGCAUAAUCAUACAUUUUUGCUUAUGGAAUUUAUAGAUAUAAACUAUAAAUAAAACCAACUAAACUCCA